AUGGCUGAGUCUUGUGGUGGCGUAGUCCAAGGCCUGAACGGCACCAUAGAGUCGCCUGGUUUCCCCCACGGCUACCCCAACUAUGCCAACUGUACGUGGCUGAUAAUAACGGGGGAGAGGAACCGAAUCCAGCUGACCUUCGUCACACUGGCGCUGGAGGAAGACUUUGAUAUUGUAUCGGUUUACGAUGGACAGCCAUCGCCUGGCAACUUAAAAAUGAGGUUGUCCGGAUUCAUGCUGCCCUCCCCUAUAGUCAGCAGUGGAUCCAUACUGGCCUUGUGGUUUACCACAGACUUUGCUGUGAGUGCACAGGGCUUCAAAGCUGUAUAUGAAGUCCUGCCCAGCCACACGUGUGGGACCCCCGGCCUCAUUCCAAAUGGAAUCAUUCAUGGCUCGCGGUACAACAUGGGGGAUAAGAUCCGAUACAGCUGUGAGUCAGGAUUUGUGCUGGAAGGACACAGUAUCCUCACAUGUAUUGUAUCACCUGGCAGUGGAGCGCAGUGGGACUUCCCGUCACCAUUUUGUAGAGCGGAGGGAGCAUGUGGUGGUACGUUACGAGGCACCGCAGGCUCAAUAACCAGCCCCGGAUACCCCGCGGAGUAUGACAACAACCUGGACUGCACAUGGUCAAUCCUCGCUGAACCCGGGGACACCAUCGCUCUCGUCUUCAGUGACUUCUUAUUAGAGGACAAAUAUGACUUCCUAGAAAUCAGCGGGACGGAAGCACCAAGCAUAUGGUAA